AGAGAGAACGAUGAGGACAAUGAGAUGGAAAAAACAACAACGUCCCAACGUCCCUUCGACGACGCCAUUCCACCAGCCCUAUAAAACCCCGAGGAUCAUCGGCGUCCCAACAUUACUCGGUCAGAGUCUCGAGGAACGCCGUGUCCGAGAUGAUCAUCACCAGGAACCGCAUCAACCGCGCAACUCUAAUCUGCGUUCUGGCGUCGUGGCUUUGCUUGGCGUCUCGCGCUUCCGCCGAAUACGAAUCGCGGGAGAUGUCGAACGGCGGACCGGGCGUCGACGCCUCGUGCAUCGAGGGCAAGUGCAUGAAGCGCACCGCCACGCAGGAUGCUACCGCCAGCAUGUGGUUCGGCCCGCGUUUGGGAAGACGGCGCAGAUCGGACGAGAAGCAGGAAGUGAAUUCCGAGAUACAGGCUCUGGCGGAAGCCUUGGAUAGCGGGCGUUUGGCCCUAUUUGCCAUUCCAGCUAACGACAAGAGACAACCGACUCAAUUUACACCGCGACUGGGGCGAGGAUCAGACGAGGACCUAUCCUCCUACGGAGACGCGAUUGAGAGGAACGAGAUCGACGAUCGUAUAUUACCCGCGUUAUUCGCGCCGCGUUUAGGACGACGAAUUCCUUGGUCACCGUCGCCGAGACUUGGACGCCAAUUACGCAGCAUUUUGCGAAAAAUGUAGGCGCCGUCGAAAGAUUAUUAUCAAAAGUUACAAAUGAAGAGUGAUCUCGUAGACCUGCGCGUGAAGAUGAAAUAACAACUAAAAUUAUAGCACUAUUAAGACAUAAAGAAAUAAAGUACUGAUGUUUAUUUGUA